AUGAUUAAUGGUGACUUGGAGUCAUUUGACUAUGGAGAUAUUGAUUCACCUUUGGAUCUACUGAAAGAUGAUGAUGGCUGCAUGCUGAAACCUGUGUCUCAAGAUGAGAACUCCUCCAUAUAUGAUAUGCAGCCUUCUCCAUCUCAAGAUUCUGGCUUUGUUGAUAGCCCUCUAUCAUUGCCUUCUCCAUUUUCUGGAGUCUCAAGUUCAUCUCGUUCCUUUGAUUCAACGCCUCCUUUAUCCCCCUCUUCUGACAGCCAAGCAUCUAUCUUUGUUACUGUUGGAGAACAGAAGUACUAUGUCAGUGGCCUUUCAGAAAAUAGGUAUGUUCUAACAGGAGAUGAUGGCUCAUUUGUGAUAGCUCCUUAUGCAUCAACAUCGAGCCAACUGACCCAGUCCAUUGGGAAAGAUGCUGCAACUGCAAAUAAGAAGCUCCCAAAGCUACAGCCCAAAGUGGAAGGCCAUCCUUCAUCUGCAAACUUACCAAUCAAGUCUGAAGAUGCUAAGGACAUUCUCUGCAUAUCCCCUACUGGUCCCACAAAUGCUGGGGGGUCAUGUCUCCAGUCUGCAAUCAAUGGGCUGGUCUGUCAGAGCAACUGUGCAAGUACAAAGACCCAUCUUUCCAUGCCUAAUCCCAUAGCAUAUCCAUCCAUACCAUCCGGAGGAACAGGAACAGUUGAACCAAGCUGUAAGAAGCAAGAAGCCCCAAAGCGAAGAGGCAGGAUUGCCAGGGAAAUCAGGGACUCAAUUCUCACAUCUGAAGAUCGAGCUUUGAAGUAUCAGCUCAAAUUGAUCAAGAAUCGUGAAAGUGCCCUUUUGUCACGGAAGAAGCGGAAGGAAUACUUGACUUCUCUAGAAGUUAAAGUUGGGAAGCUUUCUUCAGAGAAUGAGGCCUUGCGGAAUGAAAAUGCAGUUCUACAAGAAAGGAUUUGCUUAUUGGAACAGGAGAAGAAACUUCUUCUGAGUUCUGGAGGCUCUUUGAUUGGUAACUCCAAGAAAGGAGUCACACUUUUUGCCUUCUGUAUUUUGUUCCUCUUCAAUGUGGGACCUCUCUUGGGAUUACUGGGAAGACCAAUGAGAGGAGAGAUGUUCCUGAAUACCCCAGUUGCAAGUCCCAGUGCAGAGGUCCAUCAUGGCCGUUCACUCUUAUGGACCAAUGAAAGUCAGGAUAAUUCUUGGAUGAAUGAGAGUGACCAAGAGUAUUAUGGAAGAAAUCUCACAAAACCUGGUGAUCUUCCUACAUGUCCUAUGUCCAUUAACAAAUCUGAAUCUCUUCGGUUAGAUAAUGAGUUGCGAGGGUGGGUAUUUGGCUUGGAUUCAGCAAAGCGUCCCUCAAGUUCAGCACAUCGAAAAUUCCAUCCGAAGCUUCAUCCUAAACAAGUCAUUGGAUAUCCACUGGCUCCACUUUUGACAUCUCAGGGACUCCUGGUUGAUGAUCCUCUCUUCAGCAAAGAUAUCCCUUCAUCCAAGUUCAGCUACAGAGAGAUUAAUCUUGGAAGUCAAGAUCACAACACUGGACUCCAUAAAGACCUUCAAGUAUUUGACAUCAGAAAGCAGUUCUCACUUUCUGGUUUCUUGGAUGCCAUCCAUCGUAAAGAUGACACAUUUUAUGUGGUGUCCUUCUCUGGAGAUCAUGUGCUUCUCCCUGCCAUUGCACAUAAUGCUACUCAUAGGCCAAAGAUGUCUCUCAUCCUUCCUGCCAUUCCACUGAACAGUUCAAUGCAGCCACCUCCUAAUCAUGUUGCAAUGAUGCAGAUAGAUUGUGAGGUUGUGAACACAAAGCUGAUGCACCUGGAGAAUUGGUUGGUGCCUGAGAAGAAACAAAGCAGUUCACAGGAGCCCCUGAAACAGCAUGGGAAUUCUACCAAACCUAAGGAAAAUGUGGAUAAUCCCCAGAAUUCUCAAGCAAAGAAUCCAUGGAGAGAUUCUGAUGGAUUUGCUUCUUGCACACAGGCUUCACUUAUCAACUACAUGCAAGGAGGAUACAUCGACGGUAGUGGGGGAGCGAAUGAGUCCCCCACCCAUGGCAAAGCAGAUGCUUCAUCUGUGGAGGAAAAGGAGCUUGUCCAAAUGGUCAAGAUAGGGAAAACGAACAAUGUCCUCUCUCUGUGGGGAAAUCAGAAAACGAUGAAUUUUAAUCCACUGAUUCUCAGCAACAUUCAGUCAUCACAUUAUUUCAAAGUGACCUUGUAUCAACUGAAGACCUAUCAUGAGGUGAUUGAUGAGAUUUACUAUAAUGUGAGGCACCUGGAGCCUUGGGAGAAGGGAAGCAGAAAAACUUCAGGACAAACUGGCAUGUGUGGUGGAGUGAGAGGAGUAGCAGCAGGAGGUAUUGUGUCCACUGCCUUCUGCAUUCUGUACAAACUCUUCACAUUGAAGCUGACACGGAAGCAGCUUACUGGACUUCUGAAUCAUGCUGAUUCCCCUUACAUUCGGGCCCUUGGUUACAUGUUUUGUCAACCUCCAUCCACUUUCUGGGAAUGGUAUGAGUCAUACCUUGAAGAUGAAGAGGAAAUUGAUGUGCGAGCUGGAGGAGGCCAUGUGAUGACCAUAGGUGACAUGCUUCGGCACUUUCUCACCAGGUUGGACUGGUACAGUGCCCUCUUCCCACGUAUUCCUGUCCCCAUUGAGAAAGAUCUCAAAAAGAAACUUGAAGAGAAGUUCCCACCCAAGAAGACUGGACCACAGAGGAGUGUGCGCCCAGAUGAGCCUGAGAAAGUGAGACGAGAUGAUGAUAUUGCAGUGAAUCCUGCAACACAAUCCCACACAAGGUCAAGGAGCAGAGACCAAGCCCACCCCCCUGUUGACACCUCACAAAGACACAGUUUUGAAAGAGAUUCAACACACCAAGCUGGAGAGAGAAGAGGAAGGGAUCAAGGCUACAAUCUCCGUAAUGAUGGUCAUCGCAACAGCGCAAGAGAGAGGGAUUCAGACAGGAGGUGUCAAGAUGAGAAACGACGAGAUCCUGGGGAUGGUCGAGAGAGACGUUACGAGAAAGAUGAUCCAGGCCGAUUGACCCAUAGCCAUGAUCGAGACAGGGAUCGGGAAAGACGUCAUGAAAGAGAGGAGCGAAUUGGUCGGGAAUAUGAACGUGAUCGUGAGAAACGAUAUGAGAGGGAGGAUCGAGAUCGAGAUAAGCGCUCUGACAGAGAAGAAUGGGAGCGACACUACAAGAGGGAUCGUAAUAGGGUCAAAGAAAAGAGAAGUAAUAGAAGUCGAAGUCCUGAUCGUGUGGAUGGAAGGAAGCUUGAUAAUUACACUGAUCCAGCACGCUCUGAAGUUCUUGUUGAUACUGGGCCGAAGAACAGCAUCUUCAGUAAAGACAAAGUGUCUUCACCUCGCUUCCAUGUAUCCUUGACACCCUCAAGGCCCAAGUUGUAUCUAUGGAACCUGACCGUGUACACGAGAAGCAGGAAGAGUGAGAAAAAGCGACCAUUAUGA